CAAUAUAUAAAUAACCCAGCAAUUUCAUUUUCCUCAAAUCACCAAUUCAAUCAGUAUUUAACUAACAUUGGAACAAGUAAUCAAAAAAUCACAAUGAAGACACUGGUUGUGCUGCUUAUCGCUGUGGGACUUUUGAAUGUGAAUUGCGCACCAACAACGGUUGCACCAUCAGAGCAGACUACACUACCUAGCUAUCAAGGCCACGUUGAGAGUGCCAGUGGGAGUCACACAUCCGUUUUAUUCCCAUCAGAGAAUGCCGACUCAGAAGUUAUUGAGAAAGUGAAAGAUCUCAUUGAAACUGCAACAGAAUUUGCAACAGGAUCACACCAACUUAUACACAGGGCAGCCACAAAAGGGUUAACUUACAAUGACACAAUGUCAGCUAUAGAGGAUUUGAAAUCUCUCCAAGAAGACAUAACUAAUAUCAUCAUCCAACUCUCCGAUCUCACUGAAGACAAAUCCCAAGAUGCAAAUGCUGAAGACGAGGAUGAAUCUGAGUAUGACAAAACAAUACGACUCAACAAAAUAUUUUUAGAAGCCCUCAAGAAAAUCGAGUUGUCAAAUGAAGAUAUUCUUCGCUCAAUUGCAGAUAAAGCACUAUUAGUUUCAAGAGAAAGCAGCUCCGAUGAUGAAAAAGAUUCAAGCGAAGAUGAAAUUGAUGAAGAUGAUAGCAAUGAA